UAAUAUGAACCUUGAUAUCCCUCAACACAAAGAGCCAGUGUAUUUCAACUGUUCGCACUAUCGCUCGUUUAGUUUUGCUAUGGUUGAACUGUGAUUGUAGGCCGAUAGCAAAAUGAACAAGCUCGCUAUUGCCCUUUUUCAUGUGUUUCUAGUUUUCUUUUUCUCUCCGAAACCGAGCGAUGGUCAAGGUUUGAGACCACAACCGAUAAACAUCGCUCAAGGGAAGAAAAUCGAAGCAACAGCAACAUGUGGCGAAGAUGUUAGUGAACCAGAACUCUUCUGCAAACUGGCCACUGUACCCGGAAAGCUGGGCAUUCUAGGGUUGUCCUGUGACCACUGCGAGCCAGGUACGCCUACCAAAGAUCAUUCGAUAAAAUAUGCCAUCGAUGGAACGGAGAGAUGGUGGCAAUCCCCUCCGCUGUCCCGCGGCCUACAGUACCAAAAAGUAAACAUCACCAUCGAUCUAGGACAGGAAUAUCAAGUAGCCUAUGUUAUUGUAAAAGCUGGGAAUGCUCCACGCCCUGGCACUUGGGCCUUAGAGAGAUCUGUUGAUGGUGGAAAAACAUUUAACCCAUGGCAGUACUUUGCUACUACCAACAGUGAGUGUCUGUCAUACUUUGGAAGCUCAGCUCUGUUGCAGUCAUUUAAAGAUGACACAACAGUCACUUGUACAACAAGCUACUCACAGGUUCCACCUUUUGAAAAUGGCGAGAUCCAUAUUUCACUAAUUAAUGGAAGGCCAGGAGCAGCAAACUUUUCCUACAGUCAGGCAUUACAGGAAUGGACUCGUGCUACUCAUAUAAGGCUGAGGUUGUUAAAAGUGAAGACUUUGUUAGCUGAUCUGCUACCACUGGCAAGGAAAGAUCCAUCAGUUACUAGAAGGUAUUUCUACUCAAUAAAGGAUAUUUCAGUUGGGGGAAUUUGUAUGUGUAAUGGCCAUGCUGACGAAUGUAUUCAAAGUGUAGAGGACUCACUAUUCAGGUGCAGAUGUAAACAUCAGACAUGUGGUAUCAAAUGUGAAAAUUGCUGCCCUGGAUUUGUGCAGAAGAAAUGGAGACCAGGAACUGCAGAAAGCAGCAAUGAAUGUGAAGCAUGUAACUGCCACAACCAUGCAAUAGACUGUUAUUAUAGUGAGGAAAUAGAUCAGCAAAAGAGAAGUUUGGAUGUCAAUGGGAAUUAUGAGGGUGGAGGAGUGUGUGUCAAUUGUCAGCACAACACAAUUGGUAUCAACUGUGAACAGUGUAAACCAGGAUACUAUCGACCAGCAGAUAAGGCAAAGACAGAUCGUGAUGCUUGUAAAGUUUGUACGUGUGACAGAAGGUUUUCCACCGGUCGAUGUUUUGAUGGUGAUGGGCAAUGUCAAUGUCUAGAGAACUAUAGUGGACCUAAUUGUACUCAGUGUAAUGAGGGCUUUUAUGGAUUCCCUAAUUGCAAACCUUGUGACUGCCAUCCGUUGGGUACAAGUGGACGUGUGUGUGGUCCAACAGGCGAUCAAUGCCCAUGUAAACCAAACUACACUGGUGCUAAGUGUGAUCAAUGUGCUCGAGGCUAUUAUGGCUUCCCAAACUGCAGCCGAUGCAACUGUGAUAAUUUAGGAUCACUUUCAGCAGACUGUGAUGUGUCAGAUGGACAGUGCAGAUGUCGUCAAAUGUAUACAUCCAGACAGUGUAAUCAGUGCAGUAAGGGAUUCUACAGCUUUCCUGAAUGCAAAGUUUGUAACUGUGAUGCAGAGGGUACUGCAAGAGAUAUCUGUGAUCCCACCACUGGAGAAUGUAUUUGUAUGAAAAACUAUGCAGGACCUCGCUGUGAUAUUUGUAAUGAGGGAUAUUACAAUUUUCCAAGGUGCUCAGAUUGUGGUUGUUCAAUAGAAGGCUCACUUUUACCAGCAUGUGACCCACGUGGUAGGUGUGUAUGCAAAGACAACUACGAUGGACUAAGAUGUGACCGUUGCAAAAUUGGAUUCUACAGCUAUCCAAGAUGUGUCAAAUGUUCUUGCGAUCUUCGAGGUUCAGUUCAUGAGUUUUGUGAGUCAACCACAGGACAGUGCCAGUGUAAAGGAUCUUUCCGUGGUAUAAACUGUAAUCGCUGCCGCAGCGGCUUUUAUGGAUUUCCUGAUUGUCAAGCCUGUCAAUGCGAUCCUGCAGGAAUUAAACCACUUCCUGAUGGACAGGCAGUAGACUGUUCCUUAUCUAAUGAGGGUCAGUGUGACUGCAAGGAUAAUGUGCAAGGUCUUGCAUGCACAGAGUGCAAAGAUGGUUACUACUUCCUUGAUAACAAUAAUCCCUUGGGCUGUGAUACCUGUGAGUGCAAUAUGGAUGGUGUGAUUGGUGGGCUUCGCAUUUGUGACAAGGAAACUGGACAGUGUCCUUGUAAGCUGUAUGUUGCAGGCAGGAAGUGUACACGAUGCAAGCCAGGGUUCUAUGGUCUGGAAGGCCGCAAAGUGUUUGGCUGCACAGGUUGUGACUGUGAUGUUGGAGGAGCAUAUGACCAGCUUUGUGAUGUGGACUCAGGGCAAUGUCGUUGUCGGGUGAAUGUUGUUGGGAGAGACUGUAGCAGGCCAGCCUCCCAGCAUUACUACCCAACUUUACUACAAAUCAAGGCUGAGAUGGAAGAUGGAAUGGCACUCCCUACUAAAUCAACCUCUGACCAAGAUGUCCUCUCUCCAGAUGUGUUAGUGUCAGAUGAUGGUCAACCUGUCAGAUUUGCAUUUGAUGAAAGUGUGUUUCCUGGCUUCUCUUGGAGAGGAUAUGCAACCAUGUCUGAUAUUCAGAGAGCAAUAAAAGUAACUCUGGACAUACCUAAGACAGCUCGUUACCACAUCAUAUUUUACUCCAUCACAAAUGGGAGUUCACCUGUUACUGGUGGGGUGACACUGACACCUAAAGGAGGUGAGGGAAGCAAACAAAGCAGCAAAGUCACUUUUCCAGUCAAACAGGUUGGCUCGGCAAAUAUUGCCACUCAUCACACUGUUGGAGUGAUGGAAAGGGCCACGCAGUUCAUGUUGACCAAAGGGAAGUGGGAUAUGAUUCUGGCUCUUCCUCCAGCAAGUAUUCUCUUGGAUUAUGUAGUAGCUCUGCCUCAAGUCUACUAUGAAGCAUACCAACUAGAAGAGAAAGUCAACAAACCUUGCCAAGUAAAUGGUAUUAAUACUUUGUGUAACCAGUUCUCGUAUCUGAGUACAAAAGGACCCAGCUUCUUCACAUCGGAAUUGGAAACAGGAUACAUUGUUACCAGUAAUGGAGUGAGAUCAACCCAGCUGUUUAGAGAUGAACAAGUCCUGCAGCAGUUGGAUUUCAGUGCCAUGGCUAAUCUCGAUAACCAACAGACCCGUGUUACAGCAGAAUUUGGCAUCUCAAAAAUUGGUAAAUAUGUCUUAGUUCUACAGUAUUACUAUCCUAACAACAAGAAGACCAAGUUAAAUGUUUACUUGAGGUAUCAAAGAGGAUCACAGAGAGGAGAGUUCAACCUUCAGAAGUGUAACUACAGGUUUGGCUGCCGUCAGGUAGCUGUGGAUAGAACUGGAGCUGUCAAGGUGUUUGAUGUUGCCGACCUGAAGAGAAAGGUGGUUACCCUUUUGGCAAGAGAUACAUCUUCACCUAUUGCUGUGGAUUCUGUCACUGCCAUUCCACUGGAUGCAUGGGAUCUGGAUUUCAUUGCUCCAAGCAUUCUUUGUACAACUCAAGGCAAUGUUUGUAUCCCCACAUCAUACCCCAAUCCCAAAGGAGCUAUUACAAUUGAGGUUCCAGAUGCAAGUGAUCCUGAUCAACCACAGCCUCCAAACAAACAGGAUCCAACAACAAAACUACUAUACUUGCGUGAAGGGAUCCAUUCCCUGUCGAAAGAAGGGCUUAAAGAAGGGCAGUACGCAGCCAUUGUUCACUAUUAUCAGCCAAAGCAUUCUUCAUUUGAGUCAGAAGUGAAAGUCACCAGUGACCGUGCUGUAGAAGGGUCCAUCAAAUUCCAUUACUGUCCUCAUGCAUCAGGCUGCAGAUCAGUUAUCAAGAACUUAGCUGGUUCACCGUUCUUUGAUAUUGAACGAAAAACUGUUGCACUGGAGUUUGAGAUUCCAAUGAACUCGUCGACAUGGAUAGACUAUGUCCUGCUUGUACCUCAAAAUGUGUUCACUGAGGACCUGCAGGAGGAUGCCCCAGUGCCUUUGUCUCAAGCUUUCCUUGAUUCGUGCAGCAAAGAUGACUUCUUCAUUAAAACCACAGAUCCAAAGUUUUGUAAAGAUUCAGUGUUUUCACUCACAACAAGCUUCAAUAAUGGAAGUCUUCCUUGUGACUGUAAUCUCAAGGGAUCUGUUGACAACAACUGUGAAACAUUUGGUGGACAGUGCCGUUGUCGUCAGAAUGUAAUUGGGAGAACCUGCAAUAGGUGUAAGACAGGGUAUUAUGGCUUCCCUGAAUGUAGAAGGUGCCGUUGUGUUUACUGCAAUGAGAUCACUGGGGCCUGUGAUUGUCCAAAAAAUACUGUUGGUCCGAAUUGUGAAUUCUGCCUGCAAGGAACUUGCUGUUACGACCCCAUCCUUGGUUGUGAGGACUGUGGCUGUGAGAGGUUUGGUGUGGUUGGUAACAAUAUAGCAUGCAAUCCUAACACAGGGCAGUGUAAUUGUAAACCAUCUCACACUGGGAAGAAAUGUAAAAAGUGUGCUGUUGGAUAUUAUAACUAUCCUUUGUGCCAAAAAUGCGAAACUUGUGAUCCCAGAGGAGUUGACAGCAGGAUUUGUGACAGUGAUAGUGGAACAUGCUUCUGUAAGCCUGGAGUCACUGGUCCACGCUGUGAUAAAUGUGCAGCUGGACAUUUCAAUCUAGAUGCUAACAAUCCAGAUGGCUGCUCUGAGUGCUGGUGUAAUGGCUUGUCUAAAGUUUGUGAUAGCGGCAAUAUGUACUGGUCCAAAAUUAAUACCAUGGAUAACUGGAAAUUAGAGAACAGUCCAGCUAUUGUGGUUAAAAUUGCUGAAACUGAACUCUCUGCCUCAGUAAGCAGCCAAAGAGAUGAAAAAGGCCAGCCAAUCUAUUGGGUAGCACCCUUGGAAUAUCUUGGGCAAAAGAUUUCAUCUUAUGGAGGCAAACUUAAUUAUACAAUCAGUUAUGAAGUACCACAAGGAGAAAGUUCACCAGUAUUGACUACUAAACCUGACGUUGUAUUAGAGGGUAAAAAUGGCAAAUUGCUCCUGUACAAAAAACAGUUGGAACUUUCUCCAGGACACACAUCAGCUGUUGAGGCACAGUUCUUGGAGUAUCUUUGGGAGGAUGCCAGUGGAUCCAAUGUAAGCAGAGAUGACUUCAUGUCAGUUUUUUAUGAUAUAAAAUCACUGAAGCUGAGGGCCUCAUACAGUACAGUAGUUGCGGAAGUCAGGCUCAGUGAUGUUGAAAUGGAUGUGGCAGUGGAUGAGCCUGUUGAUGGAGCAGUGAGAGCAAAGAGUGUAGAAAGGUGUGAAUGUCCAGAAAAAGCUACAGGAGAUUCCUGUGAGCUUUGUGGAAAAGGCUACACUAGAGCUCCAGAUAACACUUCAUGUGCAAUGUGUAACUGUUUUGGUCACUCAGAGGACUGUGAUGGUGAAACAGGGGAAUGUUUCAGUUGUCUACAUAACACAACAGGGCUGAACUGUGAAGUCUGUGAACCUGGUUUCUAUGGUGAUGCCUCCACAGGCACCCCAGUAGACUGCAAUCUAUGUGAAUGCCCUCUUGGAAUAUUGUCAAACAGCUUUGCGACUGAAUGCUCCCUUAAUGUGGACAACGACCUCAUUUGUACCUGUAAGGAAGGCUAUGUUGGACAGAAUUGUGAGAAGUGUGCUAAUGGUUUUUUGGGGAACCCUUCUGACCCUGGUGACUUCUGUAAGAGGUGUGGUUGCAGUGGUAAUAUUGAUCACAGUGUCAACGGAAGCUGUGACACUCUGACGGGAGAGUGUCUUAAAUGUAUUAAUGCUGCCACAGGAGACCAGUGUCAACACUGUUUGAAUGGUUACUUUGGUGAUGCAAUUGUUGCAAAGAACUGUGCAAGAUGUGCUUGUAGCGAUUGUGGCACCGUAACUGCAGUUUGCAAUCAUACCACUGGGUCUUGCAUGUGUAAGCCAAAUGUCAUUGGGGAUAGCUGUGACAGCUGCGAGCCAAAUACCUGGAACUUUGACAGCUGUUUGGGUUGUGAAGAUUGUGACUGUGCACCAGCAUCACUAUCAACAUCAUGCGAUGUGAAAACAGGUCAAUGUGAAUGUCCACAAGGCGUGACCGGAAGAAGGUGCGACAGAUGUAAGGCAGGGUACUUUGAAUACACAAAGGAUGGCUGUCGGGCUUGUGCCUGUGAUAAGGGAGAAGACAACGUGUAUGGCUUUUGUGAUGUGAAUACUGGUCAGUGUUGUAAGCCAGGAGGGAACUGUACCAUUUGUCCUGUGAACUACAUCCUAACCUCAGAGGGCUGUCAAUAUUGUGGGGAAUGUGUUGGACGUCUCCUAAAAACAGCCACUGAGCUGGACCGUAAUCUUACCUUGGCUCUCAAGGCUGUAAAACAGGGAACAGCUGGAAUUAUUGCUGAAGGACAAUUUUCAGACCUAAAUGAAACUUUGCAAAGAUUAAUUCCACCAACUAACGAAUAUAAUUCAACCAUGGAAGAACUGUCCCAGGUGGUUGGAAUGUCAUCAGCAAAUGCUACAAACACAAGCUCUGGAGGUGUUGAUGAGGAUAACACUCUUAUUAAGAGGACAGACAAUGGUGAAGAAAUAGCGAAUAAUGUAGAAACAAUGGUAAUGAUGAUAAUAGACAAAGCUAAAAUGGCUUUGGAAAAUUCUACAUCUACAAAGGAAGAAGCUCUUGAAUUGGAAGAAGAAAUUCGUGCCACCCUUUUAAGAACUACUGACAUCAUUGUUAUGGCAGAGAAAAUAGCUAAAACUUUAAAGAAUGAGAAGGCCAACCAAACUUUGUUGUUAGAAAAAGCUGAAGAACUCUUAAAGGAACUCCUGAAAAGAGACUUUGAGUCUGCUAAUGCUACAAUGGUUGAAGAGGGAGAACUGGUGAUAACUGUCAUCAACAGAGCAAAGAAAUAUUUGAAUGACACAACAAGUUUAUUAAGCAAAGUUAUGAGUGCAAACAAAACUCUGGAUGAACUCCUAGGUACAUUUAGUUCAAUUGUGGAUGUGUCCAACAGGGUUUUAGAAAACGUCAGCCAUGCUUUGGAUUUGAACAAUAUCAGCAAGACUUACGAUUCACAGACACCCCUGGAAGAAGCAGUGCAUUUAAAGAAAGAAGUUGACACUGCCUUGAAUAACCUUGAGGAUGCGAUACAGACAGCUAAGGAUAAAGAACAAAAUGCCAGCACUUAUUUACAGGACUUCAGUGGAAGUUUUCCCCGACUUGAUGAUCUUAUUGAACGAGUUGAUGAAAAGAUGGCCAAUAUUUCUCAAAUCCUGGAUGAGUUGAGUCCUUCAGUUGUUAUGGCUCAGAAUCAUUCGCGAGAACUACGUAAUCAGGCUGAUGACCUAGAAAAGCUACUGACAGACAUUGAGUUCGCAGGCAAAGCUUACAAUGCAUCAGAAAGAUAUUCUAACAUUGCUGAAGCAUUAAAAGAGGCAUUGGCCAUUGCCCAAGAAGCUGAGAAAAUAGCCACAGAAGCCAAAGAUGAGUCCCAAUCUCUCUUCAAAAGAGCAAAUAACUCAUUGAUUGUGAGUGUUUACUUGAAUGAGACUGUGUCAAGCACAGAGGAUAAAGUGGACAAUGAGCUGUUAGACCUACUAAACAAUGUCAAGACAAGGCUGGCACUUAUCAAAGCUAAAAUCAGAAAUGUCUCCACUGAUCUGCUUGACGUUGACUCCAAUUUUCCGAGAUUUCAGGAGCUGACAGACCUCAUGGAUGGGAAAGGACGUAAACUUAAGGAGAAUGCAACAGAAUCAGAGACCAGAGCAGACAGUGCAAGGAAGAAAGCUGAAAACAUUGGGGGUCAGGUGAGUGACCUCUCUGGACUGAAGGAUUCCAUUGUCGCAACAAACAACAACAUAACAGAAGCUGAGAAACAAGUCAUGAAUGGUUUAAAUAUGUCUUUUGUAAUACGAGACAAAGUGUUGACUCAGAAAAAACGACACCAGCAGAUUGUUAACAAGUUAGACGCUGAAGUGAAGCGACGUUUAAAAGACAUUGAAUUUAUGAUGAAUAAGGCACAUAACCUGCUCAAAUUCACGACACCUGUAAUGAAAUUCGAGGGAGAUACUACAAGUUCACCUUUACUACCUCCUGCUAUCAAACAGAAGACAAGGGCUAUGAACAUUUUGAUGUAUCUGAACCCAGAGAAGCCUGAUGGUCUCCUUAUGUUCUUGGGAGAUGCCGAGGGCACCAAUACUUAUCGCCAAAAACGUCAGUCACAGCAAUCUGACUGCCGAACGGAUUACAUAGCUGUGCUGCUGAAGGAAAGGAAACCGCGUCUGCAGAUAUGUACUGCCGCUAAGAGAAUUGUUGAGGUUGGGGUGAAAGACAAGGAGAAUAAUGAUUUCUUGAUGCAGACUGAUGGCAAAGUUUGGUAUAAGCUUGAAGCUGGCGUAGCAGGAGAUUUGGCAGAUCUUACAAUUAAGUACUUUGUUAAUAAAAAAGAGGAGAGUGCCUCAGGACAAGGAUCAUUAAAACUGGACAAUCCCAAAGUAGAAUUCAACAAGGACAGUGAUUUGAUUGUUGGUGGUGUUCCUGCGAAAGUGAAACUGCCAUCUAAUGUUGAAGCGGUCAAUUAUACGGGAUGUCUUGAUGGCCUGGAGAUCAAUUAUCACUAUGUAGGAUCAUGGAAUACCGAGAUUCUUGAGAAACCAUCAAAAAAUGAAGUGUGCCCCUCUCGCACGGGUCCUACAGAAUUUGCUGCGGAUAAAGAAGACGAACCCGUCAGAACUUUCUUUGGCACAGGUUAUGUCAAAUCUGGUCCUUACCCAGAUGACGAUCCUAUGGGAAUCUUCGACCUAAACUUUAGAACCACGUCUUCAAACGGAAUCUUGGUUAUUGCCAUUGAUGAUGAUGAUACAUCUCUUUUCCAGGCCCUUGAGUUAGUCAACGGGAGGCUUGUUUUCUCUUACAAUAUGGGUCAUGGAUACAAGAAGCUGACUUCCGGAAAGUUGUAUGACAAUGGAAUGGAGUUCACCGUUGUAAAGCAGGAUGUUAAUAAUAGAGGUUUCAGGUUUUCAUUAUUUACUAAAACCAAAGACGGCAGGAGGGAGACGCUUGCCACCAAUAAAUGGUAUUAUGAUAGUAAACGCCGCCCCAAGUUUGUGAAUGCUGACUUUGUGUAUUGGGGAGGCAUAGAGAACAGAACCACCAUUCCUGACCAAAAGCUUCUUUAAAGGAUGUCUGUCGGGUAUGAAGUUAUCCACCGGUGACAUCAAAGUUCAGCCCAGCCCAGGAUACAUUUUUGGGUGUAAAGUCAAG